AUGGGAUUCAAACAAUCCAAUCGAACUAUUCUUCCACCGUCUUAUCGACCUCCUCCUCCACCAUCUUCAACUAUUCAUUCCAUUCAAUCAUCAGAGCUUUCUCAUCAGCAUUCAUUUGUUCCAGACUCCCACCAGCAAUAUCAGGCACAUUACCCACUACAUCAGCAAUAUUAUCCUUAUCCUGUAUAUGCAUCGCAAUAUAAUUCUAACUGGGGAUCAUACCAGUCUACUAUGGCUGCAUUUAAUACAAACCCGUACAAUCAGCAACAGUUCUUACAGUUUCAAGGUGAACCAAACCAGCUGCAAAGUAAUACAACUGACAAUAGACUGCAGCAGCAAAAAAAGUCGAAUAAAAUAAAAAACAGACAUACUGUCAAAAACAAGGAAAAAAGUCAAAAUGGUUAUGCAGGUUUGGCUCAAUCUCAAGACUCGACAAACCAACUUCAUAGUAUACCAGAUAGUACAUCUAGUUUUGAUCAGUCGAAUGCUGGAAAUCAAGAAUUAUGUAUGGAUGUUGGGAUUUCCUCACAGUCCAUCAACCCAUCAUUCGAGAAUAUAAACUCAUCCACUGACACUGAUGAUUCAAGUAUAGAUGAAGAGGAGAGUUUAAAAAUACAACCUCCAAGUGCACAAUCAUUUAAUUUGGAUACACCAAAGGAUAUUGAACAAUGGAUCCAAGAACGCAAGCGUAAAUUUCCAACCGAAUCCAACAUCAAGCAAAAGAUGGAGGAUGAAAAGCAACGACAAAAACAAGGAAAUAUUAUUGAUGUAAAUGGCAAAAAACUCAAGGGGCGUAAUGCAGACAAGCGACAAUUAAUCAGGAAGAAUGACACUGUCCAAGAAAAGCAUGGCACAUCUGAACAAAAGGAUAGCACUAUAUAUUUGGAUGAUGCAUCCAAUGCUAAACUCGAGGCUAGUCAUGAUACAUUGGCGUUGGACAUGACUGGAAAGCUGAAUCAGCACAAAGGUGCAUCAAGUUGUUGUAGACACGGAAGCAAUUGUAGGCACAGUCACGAUCUUUCUAAACUUGCGGAAUCUCGGUCUGCUCCAAAGACACAUACACCAUUAAAUCCAACAGCAGCGCCAAUCAAGGGAACUAAUCGUCGUCCUCUUUUGAAUAUGUUGCUUGAAACAGAUUUCAAAAAAGACAAGAACGCAUUGUUGCAAUGUAUUAGAUUUAUCAUUGAGAAUAAGUUUUUUGUCGAAACUGAGGUGAUCAGCUCUGCAACAGAUUAG